GCAAUAUCACUUAAAGAUGUCUGCGUCACUUUUUUACAUAAAAUAACCACACAAUAACACAUAUACUGCCUGUUCAUUGCAAAUAUUAUAAUACUGAAUUAAUAGUGGGAUUACAGACAAAUAAAUAUAAAUAUGACAACUUUACGUCAUGUGAAAGGCGGUGGGCCAAUGGACCCGGAUGACGUCAUAUCUAGUGGCCCGAGACGGCUAGGCGAAACUGAACAGAAAACAACCAGCUUUUGUUCUCUUCUCGUCAAACUAAGGGAAAAUGCCGAAAGUGAAGAGGAGCCGGAAGCCACCUCCAGACGGCUGGGAACUCAUUGAGCCAACUUUGGAUGAACUGGAUCAGAAAAUGAGGGAAGCUGAAACUGACCCUCAUGAAGGCAAGAGGAAGGUGGAAGCCCUCUGGCCAAUUUUCAGGCUGCACCAUCAACGCAGCCGAUAUAUUUAUGACCUGUUCUUCAAAAGGAAGGCCAUCAGUAGAGAGCUGUAUGAGUACUGCAUAAAGGAAGGCUACGCAGACAAGAACCUGAUCGCCAAGUGGAAGAAGCAGGGCUAUGAGAACCUGUGCUGCCUGCGUUGCAUCCAAACACGAGACACCAACUUUGGAACCAACUGUAUUUGCAGAGUCCCAAAGAGCAAGCUGGAAGUUGGUAGGAUAAUCGAAUGCACCCACUGUGGGUGCAGAGGAUGCUCUGGGUAGGCGUUUAUUUUGUGCCGGACAGCAAGACUUGCUCGGCCUCCAUCUGUCCGAAAGUUGUUUUAAAAACCUUUUUUAGUUGUAUUCAUUUCAAUAAAAUAAUUCUACUUCACUAAA